CUGUCUUGAAAAACCAAUAAAUAGCUUGCUUGCUCGCGCUUUCCUCGCGGAUCGUAGAGACUCUGGCUACAGCUUGUGGCUGGGAAGGGAGACGGAGGCCGCAGCUCAGGGAAAGUGAAGCUGCAGUAGUGGUGGUAGGAAGAUGUCGGGCGAAGACGAGCAGCAGGAGCAAACUAUCGCCGAGGACCUGGUCGUGACAUCUUUGGUGGACGCUGCCAGCUCAGGUGUGUCAGUACUGAGCCUGGGUGGGAAAGGAGAUGCCAUGAUCAUGGAAGAGACAGGGAAAAUCUUCAAGAAAGAGAAGGAAAUGAAGAAAGGUAUUGCCUUUCCUACCAGCAUUUCGGUAAAUAACUGUGUAUGUCACUUCCCUCUGAAGAGUGACCAGGACUAUAUACUCAAGGAAGGUGACUUGGUAAAAAUUGACCUUGGAGUCCAUGUGGACGGCUUCAUUGCUAACGUGGCUCACACUUUUGUGAUUGGUGUAGCUCAGGGGACCCAGGUCACAGGGCGGAAAGCAGACGUCAUUAAGGCAGCUCAUCUUUGUGCUGAAGCUGCCUUACGACUGGUCAAACCUGGAAACCAGAACACGCAAGUGACAGAAGCCUGGAACAAAGUUGCUCACUCAUUUAAUUGCACGCCAAUAGAAGGUAUUUUGUCACACCAGCUGAAGCAGCACGUGAUCGAUGGGGAGAAAACCAUCAUCCAGAACCCUACAGACCAGCAGAAGAAGGACCAUGAAAAGGCUGAAUUUGAGGUACAUGAAGUUUAUGCUGUGGAUGUCCUCGUCAGCUCAGGAGAAGGCAAGGCCAAAGAUGCAGGACAGAGAACCACCAUUUACAAACGUGACCCCUCUAAACAGUACGGCUUGAAGAUGAAGACUUCACGUGCCUUUUUCAGUGAGGUGGAAAGGCGUUUUGAUGCCAUGCCAUUUACUUUAAGAGCAUUUGAAGAUGAGAAGACGGCUCGGAUGGGUGUGGUAGAAUGUGCCAAGCAUGAAUUACUGCAGCCAUUUAAUGUUCUCUAUGAGAAGGAGGGUGAAUAUGUUGCCCAGUUUAAAUUUACAGUCCUACUCAUGCCCAAUGGUCCCAUGCGGAUAACCAGUGGUCCCUUCGAGCCUGACCUCUACAAGUCGGAGAUGGAAGUCCAGGAUGCAGAGCUAAAGGCUCUCCUCCAGUGUUCUGCAAGUCGAAAAACACAGAAAAAGAAGAAAAAGAAGGCCUCCAAGACUGCAGAGAAUGCAACCAGUGGAGAGACAUUAGAAGAGAAUGAAGCUGGGGACUGAGGUGGGUCCCAUAUCCCCAGCUUGUCAUUCCUGCCUCACCCCUUCCCACCGCACCCCAGGCUCUCAAGUGCAGUUCGUCUUCGCCACCCAGGACCGCCAGCAGAGCGGGGUCUUCUGCCCUCAUCCCAGACCCCCGCCCAUUCACCCACCCACUCUCUCCAACAAAAAACCAGCUCCAACUGACUCUGGUCUUGGGAGGCCAGGCUUCCCAGCCACUGAAGACUACUUUCAGUAGAAAAAGAAAUUGAUAAUAAAAUCAGGAGUCAAAAAAAAAAAACCAAUAAAUAAAUAAGUAAUAAUGAGAAAAGCAUGUAUCCUUUUGGUGAAUGUAAAACUGAAAGUGGCUAAACAUUUAUGAGAACCAAGGCCUGGGAAUUUAACUCAGUUGGUAGAGUUUACCCAACAUGCAAAAAGCCAUAAGUUUGGGUCUGGCAUUAAUCCCAACACGA